AUGGAACACUGUAGUAAAAAAAUUGAAGAGUUAUUAAAAGAUAUGAUAUAUAUUAAUUCAGAAAAUGAUGAAAAUAAUUAUUUAAUGAAAAGGUUAUUAAACAAUGUUAUUCAAAUUGUGAAACUAGCGAAUCGUCUUUCUCUUAAUUGCUUAUAUAAAAAUGAAUUAGAUAUAAUAACAAAUAAUAUAGAAAUUAAAGAUUUAAAAAAUGAUAUAUUAAAAAUUAUUUUUGAUUUAUUACUUUAUAGUAGCAAUGAUAAAACUAAAAAUAUUCUAAAAAUUAGUAGUGAAAAUAAUUUUUCUAUUUUACAGAAUAAUUAUCAUAUUAUUUCAUCAACCCUUGAAGAUAUAUUUUCUAGAUCUAACGACUGUUUUAGAUUUUUCGAUAUUGAGAAUAAAAAUAAAUCUAUUUUCACAUGUAAAUAUUUAAAAAAUUUAAGUUACAAAAAUGUAAGUAAUAUUUAUAAUAAUAAUUUAAUAAAUGAAAAUGUUCCUCUCGAAAAAGAGGAAAGAAUAAGUAUUAAAUCACAGAGUUCUAUAGAUGAAGAAAAAGAAAAAGAAAAAAAAAAGAAAAAAAAGAAAAAGAAACAUAAGAAAAUGUUAAAUUUAAAUGAAUUAGAAGAAAAAAAAAAUAAUAGUGAACAUAAAGAAAUAAUUAAUAUAAGUGAAGAUGAAGAAGAUGAUAACAAAGAAGAAAUAAAAAAUAAUAAUAUUUAUAAUGAAGUGAUUAAUAUAUAUAAUGAUAAAGAAAAUAAGGAAGAAAAAAAUAAUUUUAAAAAUAUAAUAAAUACAGAGGAUGAAAAUGAGGAUGAGGAUGAAAAGAAGGAAAAUUGUUACAAAAAUAAUUUAAAAAAAAAUUUUGAAAGUGUAAAAAAAAACAUAGAUAAAAAUUCAAAAAAAAAUAAAAAUAUGCUUGCCAAAAAAAACAAGAAAGAAAAAGAUUAUAUAAAAAAAAAAGAUAUUUUAACAUUUAAAGAUAAUUUAUACAAAAUUCAAAAUUCAUGGAUUCAUUUAACAAAUAAUUAUGCAAAAUUUUUUAUUCCUCGUAUCCUUUUUAAAUAUAAUAAAUUAAUAGAUUUAGAUGAAAUAUUAAUAGAAGCAGUAAAAAUUCAAGAAUAUUAUAUUGAAAAAAAAAAAUUACUAUUACAUUAUAAAGAAUGUUUUAGAAAUAAUGAAUUAAAAUAUAAUAGUAGUGAAAUUAUUGAUAAAAUAUUCAAUGAUAAUGAGAUAAAUGAAAUACUUAAAAUAAAAAAAGAAGAAAACGAUCAUAUAAAUUCAAAUUGUAGUUUAGAAAGUUCUUCUAUUUUAAAAUAUAAUGGCAUUAUGGAUGAAGAGUUUUUUAGUAAAAUGUUAAAUAAAUUACACAAAGAUAUAAACAAAUAUUAUUAUAGAUUUAAUAAUUUAAGAAAUCCAUAUGAGUAUGAAAUCAAUAAUAUGAUUGAGUUAUAUAAAAAAAGUGAUAAAGAUAUUUUAAAGUUCUUAAAUGUAAAGUAUGAAUUAACAGUUCCAUUAGGAAUAAAUGAAAAGAAAUAUGAAAUAAUAGAUAAUAAAGACGAUUUAAUAAAGUUAAUAAAAAUUAUUAAAUUAGAAUAUGAUAAAAUUUCAAUAAUGGUUAAAAUAAAUUAUAAAAAUUCAUAUCGUGGUUUCACUUCUUUAAUUUUAAUAGGAACAAAGGAUGUUGAUUAUAUAAUAGAUGUUUUUAAUAUGUUUGAAGAUAUAUUUUUAUUAAAUGAAAUAACAACAGAUUCAAAAAUUUUGAAAAUUACUUAUGAUUCAAAGAAUGUUAUAUUGUUUUUGCAGAGAGACUUUUCUGUUUAUUUAGUUAAUGUUAUUGAUAUUUUAAUUUGUUCAAAUUACUUAAAUUUAAAAAAUUCCCUAUCUAAUUUAGUUUAUAAUUACUUCAAUGUGAGUAUGAACAAUAUUCGUUCUUAUUCUAAUUUUUUAACUAGACCACUAACACCAGAUAUUAUUAAUAUUUUGAGAAACACAUUUCAUUAUUUGUAUUAUUUAUUUGAUUAUGUGAAAACGGAUUUAUAUUUUAAUUACAUAUUUAAUAAUUACAAAAACGAAGUGGAUACUAAUUUUAAACAAGAAGAUUUAAAUAAUUAUAAUAGAAAAAUAAUUACUACAGAAAAUACUAAUAUAAAUGAAAUAAUAAAUAUGAAAGAUUUCAAUGAUAAAAAAAAUAUAAUAAAUAAUGAAGAUAGUAUAGGUGAUAAUACUAUAUGUGAUAAUGACAUUAUAAACAAAAAGAACAUUUAUGUUAAUUUUGAAAAAAUAAAAUUUUAUGAUCUCUCAGAACAUGAAAAAAAAUAUGGAGAUGAAAUUAUAAAAAAAGUAUUUGUUGAUAGUAAUACUGUAUGUUUAACGAAACAUGAAAUAACAGAUGUGUGUGAUAUUAUCAAAACAAGCGAACAAAUUAAAAAAAUUAUAAAAAACUCUUAUAAUUCUAUUUGUUCUGAUAAUUUAAUAAAUAAUAUAUUAAUAUGGAGGGAAAAAUUAUCAAAAAAAGUUGAUGAGUCUCCUGACAAUAUAAUUAAUAUUCAUAAUAUUAUAUCAAUUAUUUUAAAUAUGCCAUCUUCUAUAUCUAGUUUAAAAAAUAAUAUUGUUCCAUUAUCAAAUAUAAUAUCAGAAAACAUAGAAACUUUAUUUGAAAUUAUUACUAAAACUAAUAUGAAAAAGCCAAAUUCUCAUUUUUAUUUAAAUUAUAUUCAAAAUGAUACAACAAAUAAUAACAUGAGAGAAGAGAUUACUCCCAUUAAGUAUUAUAUGAAUAAUAAAAAAAUAAACAAUGAAAAUUAUAAAGAUUCAAUAAUUUUGCCUAAUUUAUAUUUUCAAAAAAUUUGUCAAGAAGAAAAAACGGAAUCAAAAGAAAAAAAUUCAAAUCAGGUAUAUAAUAGAAAUAUAAUUCAAGAUGAUCAACAAAAUAUAUCUUAUAUUAGUAAAAAAGGAAUGUUUGCAUUAGAAAAAACUUUUUUUAGUGAAAGCGAAGAUGAUAAUAAAUUAGAAAAUAAAAAUAAUGAUAAUAAUAAAAAAAAUGAAAAUUAUGUUCUCUUAUCUUCCCUAAUUAAUUCUAUGAAAGAGAGAAAUGAAAAAAUGUCUAAGUUAAAUCAAAACAAGUCUAAUGAGAAAAUAAAAACUGAUGUUGCAACAAAAAAAACUAUUGUUAAAAAUAAAAAAAACAAUAAUAUUAAAAAUAGAAAAAAAAAUAAAAUAAAAUCCAUAUCAUAUAAUCAACAGUACAAUAUUAAAAGAAGUAAAAUAAAUUACUCAAAAAAUAUAUUAGAUGAAAUAAAUUAA